CGCGAUAUUUUUCUGUUCCAGCUCAGUCUACACCCAACUGCGGAGUUGGCAAGUUAAGUUUCUUUAAGAUAAAAUACAAUUUGUGACUCACCAACCGGCAAAGUGUGGUAUAAUUGGUCCAUAUUAAACGCGUCAAUACAGUGAAUGCUCGGCUACGAAUCUUAAAUAACGCGAAGAAAACUUUAACUGACAACUGAAUAAAAAACUAAGCUUAAAAUGUGUGGAGUAUUCGCUUACCUAAAUUACUUGACUCCCAAAACUCGACAUGAAAUUUUGGAAUUACUGUUAAAUGGAUUAAAACGCAUGGAAUACCGUGGAUACGAUUCAACUGGAGUGGCUAUAGAUUCGCCUCUGAAUAAGGACAUUGUUAUGGUGAAGCGUGUUGGAAAAGUAAAGGUCCUGGAGGAUGCCGUUGAAGAACAUUUUAGUGGCAAAGAAUAUGAUGACCCCAUACUAACCCAUGUCGGCAUCGCCCAUACACGUUGGGCUACUCAUGGUGUACCAUGCGAGAAAAAUUCUCACCCGCAACGCUCCGACGAGGGAAACAGCUUCAUUGUUGUCCACAAUGGCAUAGUUACCAAUUAUAAGGAUAUAAAGACAUUCCUAGAGAAGAGAGGCUAUGUUUUUGAGUCAGAUACGGAUACAGAAGUUAUUGCAAAAUUAGUUCAUCACUUGUGGAAGAAACAUCCUGGCUACUCGUUUAGAGAACUGGUGGAACAAGUUAUUCAACAAUUGGAAGGCGCAUUCUCCAUCGCAAUUAAAUCCAAACAUUUUCCCGGUGAAUGUGUGGCUUCCCGACGAAGUUCUCCUCUGCUCGUUGGUAUAAAAACAAAGACACGUUUAUCUACUGAUCAUAUUCCCAUUUUAUAUGGAAAAGACGAUAAGGCACCGCAAACUUGUGAAAAAGACACCGAUGCAGCAAAGACACAAGAACAUCGUCCACAUGGACAAACUCGUGAAUUGCCAGUGUUACCCCGAACUGAGAGCACGUCUGAAUUCAUGCCAUUGGAGGAGAAGGAGGUUGAAUACUUUUUCGCUUCGGAUGCCUCUGCCGUCAUUGAACACACAAAUCGGGUGAUUUAUUUGGAGGACGAUGAUGUGGCCGCUGUUCGGGAUGGAGUAUUAAGCAUCCAUCGGCUUAAGAAAUGCUUGGAUGAUCCGCAUGCGCGUGAAAUCACAACUCUGAAAAUGGAAAUUCAGCAGAUUAUGAAAGGCAACUACGACUAUUUCAUGUUGAAAGAGAUCUUUGAACAGCCCGAGUCUGUGGUAAAUACAAUGCGUGGUCGUAUGCGAUUCGAUUCGGACACUGUAGUAUUGGGUGGGAUUAAGGAUUUCAUACCAGAAAUUAAGCGUUGCCGUCGAUUGAUGCUAAUUGGUUGUGGCACCUCAUAUCACAGUGCUGUAGCUACUCGCCAAUUACUAGAAGAGCUCACAGAAUUGCCAGUUAUGGUGGAACUGGCAUCUGAUUUCUUAGACCGUAACACACCUAUUUUCCGUGACGACGUUUGUUUCUUCAUCUCACAGUCCGGAGAGACAGCCGACUCACUAAUGGCCUUGAGAUAUUGCAAACAACGAGGUGCUCUUAUUGUCGGUAUAACGAAUACAGUUGGUAGUAGUAUAUGUCGUGAAUCUCACUGUGGUGUCCACAUUAACGCUGGACCUGAGAUCGGUGUCGCUUCCACUAAGGCAUAUACAUCUCAAUUUAUAUCCUUGGUCAUGUUCGCAUUGGUGAUGUCAGAAGAUCGACUAUCCUUGCAACAACGUCGUUUGGAAAUUAUUCGAGCAUUAUCGAAGCUUCCGGAUCAAAUCAGAGACGUUCUAAGGCUUGAUAAUCAGGUGCAAGAGUUGGCCAAGGAUCUGUUCCAACACAAAUCUCUGCUUAUUAUGGGGCGAGGAUACAAUUUUGCUACAUGCUUGGAAGGUGCUUUGAAAGUAAAGGAACUCACGUAUAUGCAUAGCGAGGGUAUAAUGGCCGGUGAACUUAAACAUGGCCCAUUGGCCCUCAUUGAUGAUCGAAUGCCUGUCAUGAUGAUUGUUCUUCGUGAUCCGGUCUACAUCAAGUGUAUGAAUGCGUUGCAACAAGUGACAUCACGUAAAGGCUGCCCAAUUAUCAUUUGUGAGGAAGGCGACGAAGAAACAAAGUCCUUCUCAUCUCGCUCACUGGAAAUACCCCGUACAGUUGAUUGUCUACAAGGCAUUCUAACAGUGAUUCCAAUGCAAUUGCUCUCAUAUCACAUUGCGGUGCUGCGCGGCUGUGAUGUGGAUUGCCCUCGCAAUUUGGCCAAGUCCGUGACAGUGGAGUGAUAUGUAUAUCUAAUGGUUCAGUUCAUAUGGUUUAAGUUUUUUGACUUUGAUUUUUCGGUUUGCUUUCAUGUACAUGCAAGUAUUCAUAUGUUUACAAAAAAUACCGUAUCUAUGAAGUUUGCAGUGUUUUAUGUCCAUACAUUACGUGUAAAAUUUUUAUAAGAUUUGAUACAAAUCGUUUAUUUUAAAAAAUUUAUUUACAAGUUUAAUAAAAUGUACAUUAUAUUAGCCAAACCUA